AUGUGCACGCCCAAGCUCCGCACUGGCCGGGCGGAUGUUUUAAAGGAGGUGAUGGAGAAGUGGAAGCUGGGGGGGGAGAGCCGCCGACAGUUGUUGGACACUUUGGUGGAGGUGAAGGGGGACAAAGAAGCUUUCAAGAAAUCCAUCGAAGUUUGCUUCACCAAGGGCCGCAAGAACACCAUCAAAAUUUCUGCGGGCUCGUAUUCGAAGGACCGCAUGAGGACCGUGCUUGGAUUUGGGAAGUAUGACAAGUAUGAGAAGAAUGUGCGGGAGUACUGGGUGCAGGAGCAGGAGUCCGGAUCUUUUGAGACCACCGAUGAGCAGCAGCUCCGUGACACUACCGUGAUGGCCCAGAAUGCUGAGACCAAUCAGGUGAACUUGGCGCCCCCGCCCUCCGGCCCGUUGUCGCCGCCAGCGUCCUCGGACGACGAGCAAAGCAUGAGUGAGGAUGAGGAGUCCGGCCGCCCCAAGAAAAAGACAAAGAAGGAAAAGACAGGGGCUGAUUUCGAUCAAGAGCACCGCCUUGAGGCGGCGGAAAACAUCACACUUGUCAUGGACCAGGUGCUGAAGCAGCAGGCGAAGCUUGAGGCCACGGCUGGCAAGCUGGCGUUGGUGGAGACCGACUCAGCAAAGAGGGCUCUGAAGGGCUUGGACGUGCACAUUGCCAAUCUCAUGGAGGGCCACGACGAGUUCGCAAAGAAGUACGAGGGGAUCGUGAAAGAUGUGGAGAUCAGGACAAUCUUGAGGAACACCAAGAAGGACAAUGAGAAGCCGAAGCCGAAGGAGCAUGAGGAGGGCAAGGACUCAAGUCCUCGAGCGGAGAAGUCCGGCAAGGCAGCCUGA